AUGACCUCCCGUAUCGACCGUAUCGCUCCAAAGCGCCAAGCAGUGCGGAUUUUGGUCUGGGUGAUCGACCGAGUGCUUGAUACCACUCGGGAACGAGCUAAACAUCAAGGUCCCGCUGGUCUAGGGGUUAUGACCUCCCGUAUCGACCGUAUCGCUCCAAAGCGCCAAGCAGUGCGGAUUUUGGUCUGGGUGAUCGACCGAGUGCUUGAUACCACUCGGGAACGAGCUAAACAUCAAGGUCCCGCUGGUCUAGGGGUUAUGACCUCCCGUAUCGACCGUAUCGCUCCAAAGCGCCAAGCAGUGCGGAUUUUGGUCUGGGUGAUCGACCGAGUGCUUGAUACCACUCGGGAACGAGCUAAACAUCAAGGUCCCGCUGGUCUAGGGGUUAUGACCUCCCGUAUCGACCGUAUCGCUCCAAAGCGCCAAGCAGUGCGGAUUUUGGUCUGGGUGAUCGACCGAGUGCUUGAUACCACUCGGGAACGAGCUAAACAUCAAGGUCCCGCUGGUCUAGGGGUUAUGACCUCCCGUAUCGACCGUAUCGCUCCAAAGCGCCAAGCAGUGCGGAUUUUGGUCUGGGUGAUCGACCGAGUGCUUGAUACCACUCGGGAACGAGCUAAACAUCAAGGUCCCGCUGGUCUAGGGGUUAUGACCUCCCGUAUCGACCGUAUCGCUCCAAAGCGCCAAGCAGUGCGGAUUUUGGUCUGGGUGAUCGACCGAGUGCUUGAUACCACUCGGGAACGAGCUAAACAUCAAGGUCCCGCUGGUCUAGGGGUUAUGACCUCCCGUAUCGACCGUAUCGCUCCAAAGCGCCAAGCAGUGCGGAUUUUGGUCUGGGUGAUCGACCGAGUGCUUGAUACCACUCGGGAACGAGCUAAACAUCAAGGUCCCGCUGGUCUAGGGGUUAUGACCUCCCGUAUCGACCGUAUCGCUCCAAAGCGCCAAGCAGUGCGGAUUUUGGUCUGGGUGAUCGACCGAGUGCUUGAUACCACUCGGGAACGAGCUAAACAUCAAGGUCCCGCUGGUCUAGGGGUUAUGACCUCCCGUAUCGACCGUAUCGCUCCAAAGCGCCAAGCAGUGCGGAUUUUGGUCUGGGUGAUCGACCGAGUGCUUGAUACCACUCGGGAACGAGCUAAACAUCAAGGUCCCGCUGGUCUAGGGGUUAUGACCUCCCGUAUCGACCGUAUCGCUCCAAAGCGCCAAGCAGUGCGGAUUUUGGUCUGGGUGAUCGACCGAGUGCUUGAUACCACUCGGGAACGAGCUAAACAUCAAGGUCCCGCUGGUCUAGGGGUUAUGACCUCCCGUAUCGACCGUAUCGCUCCAAAGCGCCAAGCAGUGCGGAUUUUGGUCUGGGUGAUCGACCGAGUGCUUGAUACCACUCGGGAACGAGCUAAACAUCAAGGUCCCGCUGGUCUAGGGGUUAUGACCUCCCGUAUCGACCGUAUCGCUCCAAAGCGCCAAGCAGUGCGGAUUUUGGUCUGGGUGAUCGACCGAGUGCUUGAUACCACUCGGGAACGAGCUAAACAUCAAGGUCCCGCUGGUCUAGGGGUUAUGACCUCCCGUAUCGACCGUAUCGCUCCAAAGCGCCAAGCAGUGCGGAUUUUGGUCUGGGUGAUCGACCGAGUGCUUGAUACCACUCGGGAACGAGCUAAACAUCAAGGUCCCGCUGGUCUAGGGGUUAUGACCUCCCGUAUCGACCGUAUCGCUCCAAAGCGCCAAGCAGUGCGGAUUUUGGUCUGGGUGAUCGACCGAGUGCUUGAUACCACUCGGGAACGAGCUAAACAUCAAGGUCCCGCUGGUCUAGGGGUUAUGACCUCCCGUAUCGACCGUAUCGCUCCAAAGCGCCAAGCAGUGCGGAUUUUGGUCUGGGUGAUCGACCGAGUGCUUGAUACCACUCGGGAACGAGCUAAACAUCAAGGUCCCGCUGGUCUAGGGGUUAUGACCUCCCGUAUCGACCGUAUCGCUCCAAAGCGCCAAGCAGUGCGGAUUUUGGUCUGGGUGAUCGACCGAGUGCUUGAUACCACUCGGGAACGAGCUAAACAUCAAGGUCCCGCUGGUCUAGGGGUUAUGACCUCCCGUAUCGACCGUAUCGCUCCAAAGCGCCAAGCAGUGCGGAUUUUGGUCUGGGUGAUCGACCGAGUGCUUGAUACCACUCGGGAACGAGCUAAACAUCAAGGUCCCGCUGGUCUAGGGGUUAUGACCUCCCGUAUCGACCGUAUCGCUCCAAAGCGCCAAGCAGUGCGGAUUUUGGUCUGGGUGAUCGACCGAGUGCUUGAUACCACUCGGGAACGAGCUAAACAUCAAGGUCCCGCUGGUCUAGGGGUUAUGACCUCCCGUAUCGACCGUAUCGCUCCAAAGCGCCAAGCAGUGCGGAUUUUGGUCUGGGUGAUCGACCGAGUGCUUGAUACCACUCGGGAACGAGCUAAACAUCAAGGUCCCGCUGGUCUAGGGGUUAUGACCUCCCGUAUCGACCGUAUCGCUCCAAAGCGCCAAGCAGUGCGGAUUUUGGUCUGGGUGAUCGACCGAGUGCUUGAUACCACUCGGGAACGAGCUAAACAUCAAGGUCCCGCUGGUCUAGGGGUUAUGACCUCCCGUAUCGACCGUAUCGCUCCAAAGCGCCAAGCAGUGCGGAUUUUGGUCUGGGUGAUCGACCGAGUGCUUGAUACCACUCGGGAACGAGCUAAACAUCAAGGUCCCGCUGGUCUAGUAUAA